GCUUUAUUUUUAUUUCAUUACCAUCGUCACCAUUAUUAUUAUUUUCCCUGCCGCCUCGCCUCCCCCCUCCCCGCCCGCCGCCGCCGCCGCUCUCCUCAUAGAAGAAGAAGAAAAGGGCGCCACGCCGCCCGCCCGAGGGCCGCCGCCAUGUACACGGCGGGGGGAGCGGCCCCCGUCGCCGCGGGACCCGUACUUGCAACGCCUCCGCCCAUGCCACCUCCGAUACAGGCAUAUGCAUUUAAACCCCCCCCUCGACCUGAUUUUGGUACUUCAGGGAGAUCAAUCAAACUGCAAGCCAACUUUUUUGAAAUGGACAUUCCAAAAAUCGACAUCUACCAUUAUGAAUUGGAUAUAAAGCCAGAGAAGUGCCCUAGAAGAGUUAACAGAGAAAUAGUUGAACACAUGGUCCAGCACUUUAAAGGACAGAUAUUUGGGGAGCGCAAGCCGGUGUUUGAUGGAAGAAAAAACCUCUAUACAGCUAUACCACUUCCAAUAGGGAGAGAUAAACAGGUGGAAUUGGAGGUCACAUUGCCGGGAGAAGGGAAGGACAGAAUAUUCAAGGUGGCAAUAAAGUGGAUGUCAGGUGUGAGUCUGCAGGCUUUACAUGAUGCUCUCUCUGGUCGUCUUCCAAGUGUUCCUUUUGAAACAAUUCAGGCGCUGGAUGUAGUAAUGAGGCACUUGCCUUCCAUGAGGUACACUCCUGUGGGACGGUCCUUUUUUACUGCAUCAGAAGGGUGCUCUAAUCCCUUGGGUGGCGGCAGAGAAGUUUGGUUUGGAUUCCAUCAGUCCGUCAGGCCUUCACUGUGGAAAAUGAUGCUUAACAUUGAUGUAUCUGCAACAGCAUUUUACAAGGCACAACCUGUAAUUGAGUUCGUAUGUGAAGUUUUGGAUUUCAAAAGUAUUGAAGAACAACAGAAACCUCUGACAGAUUCCCAAAGGGUUAAGUUUACCAAAGAAAUUAAAGGUCUGAAGGUGGAAAUCACUCACUGCGGGCAAAUGAAGAGAAAAUACCGAGUAUGCAAUGUUACCAGACGACCAGCAAGUCACCAAACAUUCCCGCUUCAGCAGGAGAGUGGACAGACCGUUGAAUGCACUGUAGCUCAAUACUUUAAAGAUAGGCACAAGCUGGUUUUACGAUACCCUCAUCUUCCAUGUUUACAAGUUGGACAGGAGCAGAAACACACAUAUCUCCCUCUAGAGGUAUGCAACAUAGUGGCAGGACAGAGGUGUAUAAAGAAGCUGACAGACAAUCAAACUUCCACUAUGAUAAGAGCAACUGCUAGAUCAGCACCUGAUCGUCAAGAAGAGAUUAGUAAACUGAUGCGAAGUGCAAGUUUUAAUACUGACCCUUUCGUUCGUGAAUUUGGAAUAAUGGUGAAAGAUGAAAUGACGGAUGUGACUGGGCGGGUCCUACAGCCUCCUUCAAUUCUCUACGGAGGCAGGAACAAAGCAAUAGCUACACCAGUUCAAGGAGUUUGGGAUAUGAGGAACAAACAGUUUCACACUGGAAUUGAAAUCAAGGUCUGGGCAAUUGCUUGCUUUGCUCCACAGCGCCAGUGCACUGAAGUCCACCUUAAGUCCUUCACAGAACAACUGAGGAAGAUAUCACGAGAUGCAGGAAUGCCCAUCCAGGGUCAGCCCUGUUUCUGUAAAUAUGCCCAGGGAGCAGAUAGCGUGGAACCAAUGUUCCGACAUCUAAAAAACACUUACGCCGGAUUGCAGCUCGUAGUAGUCAUUCUGCCAGGAAAAACUCCAGUUUAUGCUGAGGUGAAGCGUGUUGGUGAUACUGUGCUCGGCAUGGCCACACAGUGUGUGCAGAUGAAAAAUGUGCAGAGAACGACGCCACAGACACUUUCCAAUCUGUGCUUAAAGAUCAAUGUCAAACUGGGAGGAGUAAAUAACAUUUUACUGCCUCAGGGAAGGCCUCCAGUAUUUCAGCAACCUGUAAUUUUCCUGGGUGCAGAUGUCACUCAUCCACCAGCUGGAGAUGGGAAAAAACCAUCCAUUGCUGCUGUUGUAGGUAGUAUGGAUGCCCACCCUAAUCGAUACUGUGCCACUGUGAGAGUCCAGCAGCACCGCCAAGAGAUCAUCCAAGACUUGGCUGCCAUGGUCAGGGAGCUGCUCAUUCAGUUCUACAAAUCAACCCGAUUCAAACCAACUCGGAUUAUUUUCUACAGAGAUGGUGUUUCUGAGGGGCAAUUCCAACAGGUCCUCCAUCAUGAAUUGCUAGCUAUCAGAGAAGCAUGUAUUAAGCUAGAAAAAGACUACCAGCCUGGAAUCACAUUCAUUGUUGUGCAGAAAAGGCAUCACACCAGACUCUUCUGUACAGACAAAAAUGAAAGGGUCGGGAAAAGCGGAAACAUUCCAGCAGGUACAACAGUGGACACAAAAAUCACCCACCCUUCAGAGUUUGACUUCUAUCUGUGUAGUCAUGCUGGUAUUCAGGGGACAAGCAGGCCAUCUCAUUACCACGUUCUCUGGGAUGACAAUCGUUUCUCUUCAGAUGAGCUUCAAAUCCUUACCUACCAACUGUGUCAUACAUAUGUACGCUGUACUCGUUCUGUUUCAAUCCCUGCACCAGCAUACUAUGCACACCUGGUUGCCUUCAGAGCCAGGUAUCAUCUGGUGGAUAAAGAACAUGAUAGUGCCGAAGGGAGUCAUACGUCUGGUCAGAGCAAUGGCAGAGAUCACCAAGCACUUGCAAAAGCCGUUCAGGUUCAUCAAGAUACAUUGCGCACCAUGUACUUCGCUUGACAUGUUGCAGUGCUUUAAGUAACUCAGUUCCAAGUUGGAUUCACAGGAGACCAGCUGCACUUAGACCAACAGUUGCCCCAGCUACAGCGACAGCCAGCAAUGAGUGAUGCAUCAUAAUUUUAUUAGGUUUUAAUUUUUAGUAUUGUUUUUUCAUUUGCAAGGAAGCCUUCCGUCCGGAAUUUCAGACUUGAUUGCAAACUGCAGACCUGUACAAAAUUGCACAGCUAUUAGAAGUUUGGAUUUGCCAAAAUCAGAAGCUGCUUGUCAGGAAGAAAGGAACAAAAAAGAAACAAAUCAAAACCCACCUUUUGUAACUAAAUCUAGAGCUGUGAUCUCAGGGCUAAAAACAACACCUUUCAUUUAGUUAUGCCUUUCUACAGAUAUACUUGUUUGUAACUAAUCUGAAAAUACCCAAUUAAGAUCAGGCUUAAUGGGUUGGUGAAAAACCUAUGAAUUUUGCUUUUAUUCCUGAAAAGAAAAUGAAGUGCUAAUUCGGUGCCAUUUAAAUCCUCAGUCAUUUUGGAUGCAUUCACAAAUGGUUUAGUAUUGAGAUGCAAAAGGGGAGAAUCCUGGUUUGCCCCUUGCUGUCUUCUAGAUGAACAGUCUGUGGGGGUCUAUGGGCAAAAAAGUAUUUUUUGAAGUUCUUGAAUGUCUCUCAUUGUGCUGUUUUAAGUUUUUCGUAGAAUGAAUAAUGGAAUUAUUUCAGGAAGAAAAAGGAGUUUAUUAUACAUUUAUUUAGGUCCAUUGAAAGAUUAGCAAAGCGUGCCAUUAAAAAUGUAUUUUUUUUUCCUUAAAAAAAAUCCAUUUUGAUUACUAAUCAUGGAGUUUGUCCUAUAGGACUGUGACACUUAAUUUUCCAAAGCUUUUCUAAAGAAUACGGGUCUGUGGUGAUACAGUACAAUCUUUUUCACUGUUAUGUUUGAAUUAAUGUAAAAAUUAUAUAUGUUCACAGUAUUAACAUGAUAGACUAGAUGCUAUUUAUUUUUAUUUACUAAGGAGUGAUCAGCUCAACUUACUUCUGUUAACAUAUCAUAAAUUCAGGAAUGCUUUGGAUUUGAGAUGAGAAGUUUAUCAUGGGGACACUAGUGAUUUGGGUCGGAAUUCACCAACCGUAGCUUUUGCAAGUUCUCUAUUCAUUUCAACAGGCUUUGUGUGUGAUGCUUCAUCCGCCUCUCUUUGAAAUGAAUAGAGGACAGGCUGUAGCAACGCUUGGUGUAUUGCACCUUUCAAAAGCAGGAAUAAUCAACUGACUUAACGAGGCAGGGUUGAGAGAUUUACCUGGUGUAUAUAUCGUUUUAUUUAGCUUAUAUUUGGAAGGGCUUGCUGAGCUCAUCCAGCUCAGUAGAUCUAACACUCAGUAGUUUAGGCAUGAAGGAACAGUUCUUGAUUCAUUCAAGCACAAAAAAUUACUUUCCUGUUCGAUCAUCUGAGACAGAGAAGUGAAAGGAAAGAGAUCUGGUGUGUACUUGGGCAGUGAAGUGUCAACUGUUUUGCGUAACAUGAAUAGAAAGAGGUGGGGGAGGUUUGCCGUUCUCUUUGGAGGAGCAUUAAUUCAAACAGAGACCUACUUAAAAUAAAAGCUUCUGUACAUUUGCACAAGAUUCAUAUAGGUGACUAACGACAAAUACCAUUGCACUAAUGAUGGCAACAGGAACACUACUAAGAUACUGUCGAAGAAAGCCCAGGAAAUUUCCCUCCUAAUCUGACCUUGCUGGAGUUUACAAAAAGAAAGAAAAGAGCUAAACACAUCAAGUCAGUGUUAAGUACUUUUUAUGCUUGUAAAACCAUCUUAAGAUUCAUUUGGAUUUGUUUUUUCUCUCUUCUGAACAGCAGAACAGCUGCUUUGCAAGAUUUGUUCCCAUUUCUCUAUUCAAGAAGUGGGGGAAAUGGGAUCAGGCUGUGCUAAGGUUGUUACGGUAUUAUAGAACUGAUAGUUGAUGCCUGGGCAACAGAGUGCUCAAUUUUUUUUGUUGCCUAUUAAUUUAGGAAUCUAAUUUAUGCUGUACAUCAGUUAAAGUCUGCACCUAGUAAGCAGUGCCUCAUAAUGCCAAACAGAUCUGCUGGAACAACAGACAGGCUUUUGAGGCAUGAGUAUGUCAUGUUUUCUUUUGUUUAAAGUAAGUGUGUGUCUGUGUGUGUGUGUUAAAAUUCUGGACUCUGCAGUUCCAGCAGCUUGAUUGUUUCAAGAAAAACAGGACCCAGUCAGGGUCUCUGUCAUUCUGCUGUGAAAAGCAGAUUGCAACAUCUCCUCCUUGAAUUUAUAGCAUCUUACCUUUUUCUUCCUGGAUUUGUUGCACUUUCCAGCUUGCGUUAGGGAAGCGAUUGAAAUGUGAAGAGAUAUUUGGGGUUCACCACUGUUCAGUUGGUGAACAAGCCGGUUCUAAAAGCUAAUCUAAGCUAGUUCUGUCCUGGGCUGGCACAUAAGGUGGCAGUAAUUCAUUAUUUCCUUGUUUCUCUGUCAUCUUGAAGCUACAUCAGGCAGAAAUAGGUGGGCCAAGAUGGCAGAAUUUUCCUUGUCUUCCUAUCCAGAACUGGGUGGUCAAGUCAAUGCAAAGAGCUCUUUCCCGCAGCUGCUGUUAACUAGCAACAAGCUAAAAUAGUAGCGGCUAUCUUCUAGGUGCUAGCUGGCAGUCACUUAGUUCUUUUCAUUUCUUCCAUUUCCAUUAUCUUCAUUGAAUCAGCACUCUCAGACUGCAGACGCAUGUCCACAAUUGUUGCCUGGGCUUGUGUAGACCCUUCUCCAAAGAAUUAAUGUUGUCACUGGCAUGUGCAGCAAUUUCAUGUGAGUAUCUACCUGUGUAGAAGGAAUAUGGCCGUUUUCUGAAAGUUAGAUAUCAUUGUGUGGCAGAAAGGAUAAAUGCAUGUUGUUUUCUUUCUUUUAAUCUUGUAUACUGUAUUUUUAUUUUUUUAAGGCUUUUUUCCUUUCUUAUUGUUAGAUGCAUGGUGAACUAGUGUCUAGCAAGAUUCAGCAUCGGGGGGAGGGGUUGUAAAGCUCGUUUUUGAACAAUUGACAAUGCACUUUGAAAAGAUAGGGCACUCUGAUUAUGCACAGGAACUGCUUUUUAUAAUAUAUGCAUAAACCAAAACUCCAAUUUGAAACAAAGAAUACAUCUUUCUACACAGCUGUUUACUACAAUGACUCUUGAAAGCACAGCAAUAUCUCAGGUGAAUGAUUUCAUACACUUUUAUCCAAAAUAUUCUCCAUGAGAACAGAGGAGAAUAGUUUACAAAAAAACUGAGGGGAGUCCAGGGUUGUGUCAUAUACCUGGAAGUGCUUUUAAAUUUUAUCUACUUAUUGUUGGAAUCAAUUUGUAAUAAAACUGGUUCUGUUAGGAAUUUGGCUUCUUUUUCUCCUUUUUUAAAAAGUUGUUCCCUCUUCACAUGCAGAGAAAACUGGGUCUGAUUGACCUCCAUAAUUGUUUUUUUAAAAUGGCAUCAGCACUCAGUUGUAGCCAAACAGGUGUUUCAGAGUUGCAUUGCCUGUAAAUGCUGCAGUCCUUUCUCAAACUUCACCUGUAAGGAUUAGACUCUGCUGGAUGUGUAUCUGUGCUAGGGAUGGGGAACAUACAACCCUCUGGAUGUUGUCGGAAUACAGUUCCCAUCAGACCCAGCUAGCUGGACAAUGGUUGGGGAGGAUGGGAGUUGUGGCCCUUCAGAUGCUGUUGGACUGCAGGUCCCCCCUCACGUCUCUUAUCUGUGCUAUUGCCUGUUUGAUGCUUAUAAAUUCCUGUAACGUCUCAAAAAAGAAGAACAAGGGGCUGACAUCUCAGCCCUAGCAAAACCAGUUGCUUUGCUGUCAAUUUCAUGUUGCCAAGUAAGGAACCUCCUAUUGUAGGAAGAUUUGAGGGGUGGUGGAAACACCCUAUAGAAUUCAAGUGUGCAAGUUUUCUAUUUUUAUUUGCUUUUGUUUGCUUUACAAUUUUAGCAGUAUUGGGAUGUAAAAAAAGAAGAAAGCAGCAACCAAUGGAAUUGCUUCUGUUUCAGAGCGCAAACCAAUGAACCAGCAAUGAUAACUGAAGCCAUUUUAUCUGAAAAAGCAAAACACCCUAUAAUUGGUCUCUUGUGCCUUUUAAAAAUAUGCAUUCUUGAUGCAGAGAACAUGGAUGCCUUCUGGAGCAUAUGAGGAUCGGCAUUGUUGCCCCUUGCUUGCUCAGAGGUUGUCGGCCGGAGAUAAAUGACAACGGGAGUGAGAGACAGAGCCAGCCAUGGCCAGAUCUCCUCCCCACACCACAUUUUGGAGUUGUUACUGACGUUAGAUCAUGUAUUGGGCCCAACCAAGUUCUUUGCCUCUCCUCCUCAGCUUUGGGUCUUGAGCACAGGCGCAAUCAAGCCCCUGCCUAGCUUUCAUUACUGUUCUGGUGCUGACUUGAUUGGGAUAUGCAGCACAUUUGAGGCUGUGUUGUUGAAUUUUAUUAUAACAAUGGCUAGAGCACUGGAAUAAUUCACAUCUAAAAACUUGCCAAGGGGUGUGUGUGUGUUGCUAGUCUUGACUUGUAAGGACAUACUGUGUGGCUGCAUGUGGCGACUUCAAGUUGAGCUGUGAUGGGUUUGUUCAGGGGAGAUGGGAAUUCUCACAACGCCCUCUCUCCUGUUCCUCCUCAGCUUUGCACAUGCUGGAGAUUACCUGUGUUAUUUGAGUUGCUUCUGCCUGUACCUAAAAUUCAGAUAACAUGUUGCAGUCAGGUAGGUAAAAAAGAUUGCAUAAGUUAGGAGGAGCCAGCGUAGUUAGUGCCUUCUGCGUGUUGUUGGACUCCAGCUCCCAGCUAGUAUAACCAGGAGUCUGAGAUGAUGGGAGCUCAACAACAUCUGAAGCAUCAUGUAGACUGUUGUGACCUAGGCUAUGGCAGCAUCUUAAUAGCUCCAAGUUCUUGGAGAUAGUUCUAUGAGUCUUCACUCUUUCUGAUCUAGGUUGUUGGAUAUGGGAUUGGCUUAAACAUUAAUAUGGGCUCCUGGGUCACCUACCAACCUGACAUAUAUAUAUGUCUAAGGUCGCCACCCCCGGAGCUGAAAAACAGUUAUCGGGAACAGGUGGGAUUGGAAGUAUCCAGUUAUAUGCAAGCACACAAUAGGAGCGCCAAGCCUUAUCUCUUAAAGUCAGUGUAGUCCCUCCCCACCCCCUUGAGAAAUGAACUAGAUCUCAUGUGCUUAGCAACGCUUCACAGUCCCAUGUCCCAUCUUCAGUUCUGGGGGAUAGUUGGAAGCUGCCUUAUCACCAGAUCAGACGGACCAAUAGUCCAUCUAGCUCAUGAUCACCGAGUCUGGAACAGCUCUUCAGGGUCUCAGGUCUUUCACCUGUGACCAUUGACACUUUGGGACGAGAUUUUGGUCCUUCGCUUUAGGGGUUGUAGGUAGAAAUCUUGCCACAUGUGAUAUAACCCAGAGAACAGCUCCUGUGACAUUACCUAAGCCAUAAGGUCUUUCUGCCUAAGGAAAAGAAUGUAAACGUUGUCACUAGUAGGUAGCAGUUGUAGAUUAAAGUUUUGUGUUGCAGUUACAAUUCGUUUCUCCAAAAGCAGUUAUUUUUGUUUGGUAGCUUUGUUCAUUUCGAAAUGGCACUGGCUAAGAUCCAUGCAUAUGAGACCAUGCAUUAUAUCUUCCUUUCGCAUUUGUAGUCACUGACAAUUCGCUUCUAAAAGCUUCCAGGCCAUCAUUUCUAGGAAAAACUCAAGCAGGAUGUAAUUGCACUGAUCUUUUUUUUUUAUUUUAUUUUUUUACUGUAAAGGGUUUUCUGUUUGCAUCUGCUGUAGCUAUUGGAACAAUACUGUACAUAGCGUUAGGAUGAGACAAGGGAGAAAUUGUCACAUUCAUUGUUGUAUUUGUAGAGUGAGUGUCUGAUUUUACAGUAUUAAGAGAGGAACAUAAAGGCUCAUAUUUAGUUUCUGCAUUUUAUCCAUUUGUAUGUAGCCAACAAAUCCUUGAAGGACAGUUUGCUAAAUUUGCUUUAUAUAUUUUAGUGAAGUUUUUUGUCUGCUUUCACUCCAUAGCUUCAUUUUUUCCCCCCCAAAAUGCACUUUGCUUGCAAAAUAUGUAACCCCCCCCCCCCCGAUUUUAUGCACUGGUAUAAUCAGUUAUACAUAGCUCUCUGCCCUGCAGUUUUAUCACUGCCUUUUUGACCAGUCGGCCAUGCUGUCUGGUUACAAAGAAUGCAGAUUGGGAGAUGUGCCAAGAAAAAUGACUGGUGGAGAACCUCAGCAUCCGAUUCAUUUGGCUGCUCUAACGUGGCUUUGGGCUCAGCCAAACUGUUGCAGCGGCUAUGUGAAACCAUUGGACAGAGGGCAAAACGUGGGCUUGGGCUUCAUUCUGUGCCAUAGGGCUGCUUACCUGAUGGAGCUUUUCUCACUCAACCUUGUAUGAAUUCUCCAUACUAAUUAAACGGGCAGCCCAAAUGGAUAGCUGUGAGUUGGAUAGCUUGCGAUUUGUGAAUUGACCUUUCUGUAGCCAGUUAUUUUUUGGGCUGCAAAGGUACCUGUUAGUAAUUGGCUCUGACUUCUGUUGAACUACCCUUUGGCACACUUAAAGCAGACAGAGAAGCCCCUGCCCUGUUUGCGAAGUUAUUUCAGCCCUCCGACCCCAUGUUAAGCCAUUUGGCGUGCUGUGUACCUGACUCCAACCUACUUAAAUGACGAUGACCCCUGAAGUAUUGUCAUAGAAUUAAAACGGCAUGGCCAGAUUGCAGCAGAGGACUCUUCCAACUAGUAAGCUGGUACAGUUUAAAUACUACCUCCUUCAUACUUUGAAAGAAAUUAGAAUAUCCUGUCCCCCCCCCUUUUUUUUUGAGAUGUGAUUUAACAUUACUGAGAGUAGCCAAAAUUCACCAAAGGACCUGAGUCACUAUGAACUUACUGGCUUCUAAUCUGAGAAGCCAAGUGCCAUACGGGGUCUUAUAGCAUCCUUUAUCAGAACAAGCGGUCUGCAUAGAACCCACAGGAUGCUGCCUACUUUGCAAAGAGCAAAUAAAGUUGUUGUUUUUAAUGGAUUUAAUAUGGCUUGAAGGAUUGCAGUGAUAUCAUGGACGGGUCCACUUUUACCCUGUAUUUGCAACCCCCCCCCCAACUGUUGUUUCCAAUAAGACAUGUCUGAAUGCCUUAGGUGUAGGAGCAUGUGUGUACAUGGGAUGUUUGGCCAGGAUCUAAAAAGCUACCCCCUAGGGACUUGGGCACGUACGUCUCCCUUUAAAUGGCAGGCCCUUCUUCCAUAUCACAGGCUAAUGAUAAGAUUCCCUUUUUGCUUCAGCUGAGGUUUGCUUCUUUUGCAUAUGAGGGCUUGCCAUUUGAAAACACAAGUCCCAAGUUCUCUCGUGCAUACUAGCUAUGAAUCCAGAUGUGCACACAUAUGUAAAAUAAUAUAUAAGGUCUCUUGUUUUAACAGAGGGUUGACAUGAAGGUGCUUUAAACUUAUUUUGAACCUAGGAUGACAUUAUGUGUUGAUAUUUUUGAGAUUCUAUUUAGGUAUUUUUUCUUCGAACUUCAAGAUGCUAUUUUUCCCUACACAAGUCACUAACUUAUAUAAACUCUAAAUGUGCAUAUAUAUAUAUAUAUAUUCUUGAAUGUUUUAUAUUAUGAGUGUGUUCUGUUUCACGGUAUGAGAAUUUGGUCACACCCAAGAUCUUGAAGUGAGUGCAAAUAAGGUGCUUUUAUCUCAAACUAAACUGUAGAAAGCUGUCUUGUAAUCAUAAUAUUAUUCUGACGAGCGAAUUCAUUGUGCUCAUUUAUACAUACACAUAUUGCUAUCAAGAUUGUCACUGGAUAUGUCAUAGGACUGUUAUCCAUAACUUACUUACUUUACUUACUUACUUGAUAGUUAAUGCAAGUCAUCAUAAGUUUCAUCAUUCAGGAGAGUAACAGUGCUUGUACUAUUCAAUAGUCAUGUUCACCAGUAGUUUGCAAACAGAUCUGUUCAUCCUUUGAAGCCAGAGAUCCAUAGAGCUAUGAUCUCAGAGCCUACUUGGGUGUGUGGCACUAGGUGUGGAAUGUAGGAAGCUACCUUAAAAUGGACAGACCAUUGGUCUACUUAGUUCAAUAUUGUCUGCCUAGGCUGAUUAGCAGCAGCUCUGCAGGGUUUUCUAGCAGGAGUCCACCAAUUCCAUUUCGCAAUGCCAGGAACUGAACCAGGCAGUUUUUUUGCAUGCAAAAUGUGUGGUCAGCCCCUGAGGUGUAUCCCUUCCCUUAAAGAGAUAUUUUGAAUUGUAGCCUACACCAGUGGUUCUUUUUGAUACGAUGACUCACCACUCCGAAUUUAUUUGGUGUGGUGACCCAUAAAUUUAUUGCCACAAGCGUCAAUGAUAUGCCAACGAAAUGAAAAGUUGCAGGAGGCAUUCAUCAUAACCAGUUAAAGGUUACUAACAAUAUUUAUUUUGGGCUUACUUAUAAAGCCUGUGACUCGUUUGCACAGGCUUUGCGAUUCUUGUGGUUCAUGACCCAUAGGUUGGGAAACACUGGCUUGCACAGUGAAGCCUAUUUCUUUCUCUGCCCCUUCUCCACCGCCAUCUGAAGCUGGUGGAGUUCCUGAAGGCACCUGAACCAUCAGGAAACAGGAUACUGGUGUCGAUGGACCUUUAAGCUCUUACGCAUGUUGCCAAACCAUGGUUUUAAGGGAAGCAGCAUGGCAUCUGUACUGACCCUGAAUUACAAGAGAGGGCUUAACCUUGGGGAAGAAGGGUACUACUGCUAAAUUACCAGAGAUUGAUGUUAUUUGUCCCUUCAACCACUUGAGGCUGAGAGAAGUGUUCAUAAGGCUUUAUGAUGCUGAGGGCUAGAGACUUCUAACAAGGGUUAUGUUUUAAGUUACUGAAAACCUGCUGAAAUCUGCUGAAGCAACCAAAUUGUCAAACGGGAACUAUCCUACUUUAAAUACUACUUUACAAUGCAAAAAAAAAAAGCCCCUGGCUUUCCCGUCAGCUGUUCAGAAUCUGGCAGAACUCCUUAAGGAGCACAAGGGUGUAGUAACUUUUAUCCCAUGUUAAGGAUAUCCUUAAAAGAGUGAGCUUGUUGCUUGAGAUAUGUGACACUUUGAUUCUCAGUCUGGAAGAGAAGAACAAUUUUACUCCUGCCUCUGGAGUGAGCCUAGAUAUGAGAGAUCUCUGAAUUCACGGCAGCUUUUUCUAUAGAGAGUUUUAAUAACAGGGCAUGCAAACAGCUGCCACCUUUCUCAGUUCUGUGAAUUUCUCAAGAUUACAACCAGGGAAGAAAUACUUCUUGGGGAAAGAAUCUGGGCCCGUUGCUCUCCUUUCAAAACAAAACAAAAAAACUACCUCUGAUGGCAGUAUUGCGGGCACCUUUUCAGUUCUUUUUAAGCGGUAAAAGGAUAUGAGGAGACAGACUGCAUAGUAACGUUACUUUCCUUACCUCCCAUUUUCUACCGAGUCCAUUGCACAAACUGUUGGUAACGCCAUGCUUUCCUCAGGAUGUGUGCUGACUCUGAAGCUUUUUCUUCUUCAUUUUUCCCUGUGUGCUGCAAAAGCCACAGCGUCCUUGCUUCACAUAAGUUUUUUUAAGGUGUACUGUACAUCUUGAACACCCACUUAUCAUAGGGUUGGAGUUGCGGUGGGCUGUGCUCCUUUGCCAGGUGUGCCCCCCGCAUGGUCAACUGAGACUUGCCACUCAGUUUCUAGCAAGCGAUUAUUAUGACCAAUGGCUAUUAAUCAGCAACAGUAGACUGAGAGGGUUUUGCACCAUGAAGUUGGAGGUAGGAAGUUAGGGUGGUCAGAGUUUAUGCUGUAAUCGGAUCUUUAAAAGCUUUGGCACACUUCAGAUUUAACUGACAUCUCCUGGGAUUAAUUUUAACCUGUAGUUUAGUUUAAGCAGUUGUAGUAUUUUUUUAAUUUACUAAUGUUUCUUGGAUCCAGGCUUAAGUUACUUCACUGAAAUCAACGGGACUUAACCCAGUAUUAACUUGAGAUCCAGUGUGGUGUCGUGGUUAAGAGUGCCGAACUAGGACCUGGGAGACCAGGGUUCAAAUCGCCACUUGGCCGUGAAGCUAACUGGGUGACCUUGGGCCAGUCAGUCUUCUCUCAGCCUAACGUACCUCACAGGGUUGCUGUGGGGGUUAAAUGUGGCGAACCAAGCACACAAAAAGAUGGGACAUAAAUGCAGUAAUGAAUAGUAAUAAUAACUUGGCGGUGGCACCCAAGUUCAGCAAACUUGGGUCUGGAUCCUACCUAGGAAUAAUUGCCUAGGAACACCAUUAUCGUACAUAUUUCAUUUGCCAAGAAGGAAGAAACAAAAUACAUUGUUGAAAAAAACCCGAUUAGCUAAUGAGAGAGAUUAGUGAAGGGCCUUAUUUCAAAAUGGUACUAAAUAGAAAUAGUUUACAUCCUUUUGCUGCCUCUCUGUUGCGAUGUUCCAGGCUUCCAGGAUAUACAGAAAUAUAAAAUUAGCACUUGAGGAAAACUUAAAAAAUUAUUUCUUCCCAUUAGUAAUGCUGUAGAGUUUCCAUUUCAUUAUAUAUAUAUAUAUUAUAGAGAGUAUACUUCACUCUAUACAUUCAUCUAUAAAAACUCAAUGUAGGAGAAUUAGCAUUUUAUGCAGUGUAUGUACCUUAAGCAGUUUUAGUUACAUGCUUGCUUGAUGCGAUGUGGUUUCUUUAACUUAAGCCUUAACAAAUGUAUCAAAUUUGUCCAAAAUCAGAAUAUGCAAAAAACAGUAAUUUAGUAAGACUUAACUCUUUCCCAUGAAGGCACAAGAGAUUUUUUUUUAAAAAAAGUUGUUCUUAUCCUUAAAACCAGUCUGUUUUUGAGGAGGCAAUGGAGGCACCUGCCCUGUAGCCUUGUCAUUCUAUCCCAAUUUAUACAGAAUUUUACACCACCUGGACUGGGGCUCCAGCCACACUGUUAAUCCGGACAUUGUGAUGUGUGGAGAAGAUAUUAAGCAAUUGGAAGAAAUUCAUUUUUUUAAAAAAAGGGCUAAGGGGAUUAAUGUUGCUUCAUUCCCCCGAGUGAUAUGUAGUUGUAUUGAAAGAAGAGUCUUGACGAUUUUUUAAAAUGUACAUAUGUUGAAAACACAGUGAUGUUUUUUUUGCAUCACAUAACUGACAUUGACUCCUUUGGUCUCCAAGAUUAGUCGCAGGCGUGGGUGGUGGUGGUGGGGACCCAGCACUCUUUCCAGUUCGGAUCUACCUCACACUAAGCAGUUGGGUGCUAAUUUAUUCAAAUUAUAAAUGAGAUUGUCCAAAGUGACCAAACAGUAUGUGAUUACUUGUCCUCUGAAGACAAGGGUGUUUGGGUGGUGGGGGUGGGUUGUGUUACAAAAAUGCAUUUGGUUUCUCUCUCUCUUCAUCUUUGUGCCUUUUGUGUUGAGUCCCGAUGCAUAGCGAAAUCGUCACGCUCCUAUACGAACUAUAAACCCUUUUUAACAGCGAAACUGAAAACUGUGUCAGGUUUCUGAAAAAUUAACGAAAGUGUAUUUUUGUGUGUAAUAAAACUAUAUAAAUAUACAGCGUAACGGAAUGCUUGUAAUGUGGAAAGAGUUCUUUUUUAAAGAAAAAAACAUGUAUUGAAAAACAGACAGACGGAAGGGGGGGGGGGAAACAUUGAUACUCGGAUCCCAAACUAUUCUAUGCAUACAUUUGCAUGGUCGUGAACCAUGCAUGCUCUGUGGAGCGUCUCAGUGUUUGCCCAAAAGCAAGUAGUGUGGCAGUUCAAUCUUGGGAUGACCGUGUUCCAAUGUGCUAGCCAAUAUAUGUGGACCGCCCCAUUUGUUUCAGCGAAGGGAGCAAAUCUGCACACGACGAGAUAUAUAUAUAUAUACUUCCUCCAUUUAAUUAGUGAAAUCUCUGUGGCCUGGGUAGUUCCAAGGGUGGGAAGCUCAAUAUGCGUGAAGAUGUGUGUAUGUAGCUACUAAUACUCAAGCUGUACAUCAACCUUUGCUAACCUGGUUAGCCCUCCAGAUAGGGGACUACAACUCCCAUCAGCCCCCAGACAGCACUUGCUCACUGGGGACUGAUGGGAGUUGUAGUCCAACAAUACCUGGAAGGCUGCCCCCCCGGGCUGGCAAAGGUUACUGUACAUAUAUACAUGUAUAUAGUAAAACAUGGAAGUGAUGUGUGUGCAUAUGUCAGGUAAGGGAAUAAAAACAUCCAAGUAACUUUCUGCAUGCUUUUAUAUAACAGUUUGAAUAUCCUUUUUUAUAUAAAACUUUUUUUACUUACCUUUUUUUGGGGAGACUAAGUUGUAAUAUACUAUUGUUUUUGAAGAUUUCAAAAAUUGACUUUAUAAACCGUAACCGAUACAGCAUGGGAAUCUUUUCCUGUAAAAAUUGAUAAUUUAGUUUAAUAUCCGGGUGGGGGAAUUAAAGAAAUGUGGGCGGGGGGUGGGGGAGAGAGACGGGGGACACCAACAUUCCUAAGUGGCAGGAUUUAAGCUAUACCCUAAAGGAGGUGUUUUUCCUUUUUUUUUCUUUUUGCUGCAGAGAGACUCAAUCAACAGGAAAAAAAGUGUAUGUUACAAAACUGCCCCAACGGGUCUAUAAGUAAAGCUAUAUUUUAUAAAAGAGUAACCAACCUUUUAAUAUGCUGCAUAUAAGUGAUCAGCAUUGUUGCACUUUCUCAGUAAUAGUGUCCUGUAAAUUGGCUCAUGGUUAAGAAUUUUAAAAUGUUUUUAAUGUACCAUAGUACUUGGGCAGAAUAUAAGACUUACAGGUACCUCACGAUUGAAACAAGAGCCUGAAUAUGCUGCAUUUUGUUCCUUUUAUUUCACUGAGCAUUUUGUUUGGCUUUCAUUAGUUUUAAUAUAUUGUUAAAAGGCUACCUGGCUUUUAAUUUGUAUUUGUUGGAUCCCCUGAAGAACUGAGAGAGUUUGUCUCUCUUCACUUAGUUAGACAUUCUUACCCUUUACCGGUGUUAGUUGUUAUCAAGUCUGCCCUGCAUAGUUCAGUAGAGGAUGUAGUGACUUUACGAAGUAGGUUUUGAGAAAAAGGAAACUUAAGGAUGUAAAACAGACAAUAUAUGUUCUCUCUUGGCUUGUAUGCUUGCUUUGUAAUCAUUCAACAUCGAGGAUGGGGAGUGGUGUCGCUUGCUGCUUUCCAACUGGAAAAAAGCAAUCAUGUACUUGUAAUAAUUAUAUAUUGAUUAAGGAAUAAGCUAACAAAUCAGUUAGGAUAACCUAACUGGACAGCUGAGCCACAUUGCUACUCCAAAACACCCCCCAUUGGAAACUGAGGGCAGGAUCCAGCUAAACAGUUUGGCUAGCACAAGGAUUUUAGCUGUGCAGUAGAACUUCCCUGCCUCUCACCCCCUAAAUCUGCUCCAGAGGCUUGAAUAUGUGAAUAUUCCACUGUGCAGUAAAUGUCCUUGCGCUGGCCAAACUGUUUAGUUGGACGCCACCCGGAGUUUGCAAGCAGGUGAUUUCAAGCAACAUGUGCCCUUUAGAUCUAAUUUCCUUCAGAAUAACUUGGUAGUUUUAAUUCCCCAAAUGCAUUAUAACACAGAGGGAGUUGUGUUUGGGAGUAGAACGCAGGGAGAGAAACUCUUGAAGGAAGCUUCAGAAGACUGUGAAAUUCAACAUUUAUUGUCCUGUUUUUAAACUUAGGUGGUUCCUCUUUCCAUGUUUGUUUUACAGCUUGCUAGUAAAAUACUUUGCACUACUUAUGCAAUAAACUCAUGACAAACUAACCUUUUACUUUUGUUUUGGUUUCUUGUGUAUGUGUGUGUGUAUAUAUAUUAUAAACUAAUACUAAAGAUUUAGUGUAGUGUUUUUUUUUUAUUACCUCCAUACCAUAAGACAUGUAACAAGCUCAAAAUGCUGUAAAUCUUGAUGAAAUAUGAUGUGAAUGAUAUUUUAUAAAGUUAUUUUGUAUGGUGUCGAUUUUGUUUCUGCCUCAUAGUAUGUCAAUAAAUUACUCAUAUUUACAA